CCACGACCAGAGCGUACGAGUACGCGUCGUCGUCCAUCGUUAACGCCAACUCACUGAGUGUUUUUUAAACGUCUCCUUUUCUGGGCGUGGAGUCCCUCACUUAGUUUCACUUUCAAUGCGCUUGAAACCACUGUUGCUGCGCACACCUCAUUCAAGUAUUUUCUUUAAUAUGACAAACCAACUGAAAAUGCCUCUUGAUGGGAAUGGGAUCAACAUUCUGAGAAAAUGCGGUCCUGCCAUAAAAGAAGUCCUAAAAUACAAAUAUGACUGCAGCAUAGAUGUCCUUGGUAUGGACUCUGCUAUGGGCCAAUACUUUGCACAGUCCAGAAAUCAACCUGUGGCUACAGAGAAAAGGUUUUCCAUCCUGCUCAAUGGGAGAGAGGUGUCUGUGUGGAAGGCUGACCUCACCAGUUUCGACACAGAGGCUGUCGUCAAUGCUGCAAAUGAGAAUCUGCAACAUUAUGGUGGUCUUGCGCUGGCACUCAGUGUGGCGGGCGGCCCUGACAUACAGAGUGACAGUGACAAAUAUAUAAAGACGAAUGGUGCUUUGAAAACAGGAGAUGCAGUUAUCGGUAAUCCAGGGUGUCUCCCAUCAUGCCAGAAGAUAAUUCAUGCUGUCGGCCCACGUCUAUCACCUCGUCCUAAUAGCUAUGAAGUUCAACAGGCUGAACCGGAUUUGAGGAAAACAGUGAAUACCAUCCUCGCUAGGGCCGAAGAGAACAAGUUCAAGUCUGUGGCCAUUCCUGCUUUGAGUUCUGGACUCUUUAACUUCCCCGUUGAUAAAUGUGCCGACAUAAUCGUGGACACGGUGAGAAAAAACAUUGAAAACAGAAACAGAGUUUAUCCACUCAAUAUUGAACUGGUGAAUAAUGACGAGCCUACUGUUAAAGAAAUGGAAAGAGCAUGCCGUCAAGCAUUUGGCCGCACAAAUGCACCAGUCAGCCAAGCGGUCAGGAGUAAAACCAAUAAGAGCGGAGCCAAAACGUCCCAAACCUCCCUGACUGUUCAUUUCGGGAAUGUCCAUCUGACCCUCAGGCAGGGUAACAUUCAGGAACAGGGGACCGACGUCAUUGUGAACACAACAGGAGAUAAUCUUUGUCUAUCAAAUGGAGAAGUUUCCAAAGCCAUCCUGAAGAAGGCUGGGAGCAAAAUGCAAGAAGAAAUUGACAAAAAGUAUAAAAAAGCAAAGAAAUCCCUUCCCCUUGUGUUGAAGACAGACUCCUACAGUCUUGGAUGUAAAGAGGUCUAUCACACUUUGGUUCCUGUAAAAGGUGUGGACAGGGCCGGAGAGAUCCUUUACAAUGCUAUACAAGAAUGCUUAAAAAUGGCAAACACUGAGAGACACAAGUCAAUUGCCUUUCCGGCUAUCGGCACUGGCCAUCUGGGCUUCACUAAACAAGAGGUGGCCCAGAUUAUGACAAUGGCGGUGGAAGACAGUGCCAAGAAGAUGCAAACAAAGAUGGAGGUUUACUUUGUCAUAUAUCCUCCUGAAAAUGACACAUUCAUGGCCUUUGAAGCUAAAAUAAGAGGGCUUCAGGGACAGAGCUCUCCUGGCUCUGAUACUGGGCUAUCACGGGGAUUUGAUAAGCAGAAUACAUCUGCAGCACCAGAAGUCAGGAUGAGCAGUGCUUCGAUGGAAGCAAACGAGGAGGCCAAGAGUUGGCUAGAGGAACUCCUCCGUUGCUCUGGCACAGCAACGGUCAACAAUAACUUCAUCCAGUACCUCGGCGUGGAGGAGCUCCACCAGCUGAACAGCGGCGCUGCACCGGCCACUUGGAUUGAGGAGUUCUUCGAGAUGGGCUGUGCCAAAAUAAAAGUCCAGGCGGAGUCGCCGAAAGAUGUCAUUGUCCAUGUGUUGAAGGCAGAGACCAUGCUCUGUGACGUCCAGAAGGAGUUUGCGAGAGGGGUCAAGGCCCACAUGCCCAUGCUGCCAACUAGAGGAAGUAUGUCUGAUGCAGCGUCAAUUGACCCAGGGGACAGAGAGGAUCAAUUCGAAGAACAGGGGCUAUCCAUUCAGAGGAUCUUGCCAGUUGAUAACGCUGCUCUCAUGGAGGUAUUUGAGCUUAAGAAAAAACAGCUGGGCUCAUCGUCUCCCCCUCGGAGAAUGUACCAACGCAUACCUGCACAGUUUUGUUCCAGGCUCAAGGACAUCGGAUUUCAGAGGGAAUACGCACCACCUUCUGCUCCCAAGUAUGGAGAGGGCAUCUAUUUUUCCGGCAGCGUGAGGGGUGCAGUGGACCUGUGGAGAGAGCAGAGCCAUCAGGAUGUGUAUCAGUACUACGUUGAAGCCAAGGUGCUGACAGGAAAGUCCACCCCGGGUAAACGUGACCUUAUCAUGCCUCCUCCUGUUGGUGACGAUCCACUCGUUCGCUUCGACAGUUUAUCGGGGGGAACCGAUAUCUCUGUGAUUUUUAACGGUCACCAAGCCCUGCCAGAGUGCAUCAUCAUCUGCAAAAGUUAUGACGUCGUUUGAGUCUGUGUUUUUGUCUCGACAGUCAGGAGCAACCACACUAUAGGUGCUACACCAAUGUUCAAUUAAUUAUGUACAGAAUUAUGUAUAAAUGUCACAUUCUCCAUUUCAUAUUUGUUAUUUCUUUAUGAUAUAACAAGCAUGUAAUGCUCCCACUUUUUGAAAAGCUACGUCCCGCCCAAACCUCUGCUUUCAUGCAGAAGCUUCAUGAAAAAUGUUUGAAAAAUGCCAGCUGACUUCCGUUGGAUGAGCUUUUAAAGAAUUUUAUUUUAUUGGUCUUAGAUAUACUUUAAACAGGCAAUGGUCUUAAUAUAAAAAAUAUUUUAAGGCCUGUAGGUUUUCAUUAACUUUUACAAUAACUUAAUAGCAGGAAACAAUGAAUAGGUAUUGUUGACAGAAAAGACAGAGUUCAGUAUUUAGAAAAGCGCUACAAAUAACUGAUCAAUUAUUAUUAUUAUUAUUACAAUCAAAACCCUAAGCUGUUAACUCAAUCACCUAGUAUUUGAAAUAUCUAGAAUGAUUUGAUUUGUAAUCUGUUAAUGUUUAUGUGUCGCUCGAUAACCAGGCCAUUCCCAGUUGUGGAGAUAUUUGUGUUGGGGGAAACAAAUAAAUGAUUAAACAAACAAA